GCCCCUCAAACCCUAAUCCCCCUUUUUUACAUUUCCAUUCCUCUGCCCCGAUGGCACCGCCGGAGCAGUCGCCGCCGCGGCAACUCCAAUCCCCGCCGUCGGAGCAACCGAUCCUGGAUGAGCUCCUCGAGGACAUCUUCCUCCGCCUCACUACGGCCGCCGACCUCGCCCGCGCCUCCACGGCGUGCGUCUCCUUCCGCCGCGUCAUCGCCGGCCACGCCUUCCUGCGCCGCUUCCGCGCGCUCCACCCACCGCCUCUCCUAGGCAUCUUCAACCACCCAUUCCUGCCGGCCCAGCCGCCUCACCCGUCCGCCGCUGCCGCCCGGGCCGUCGCCGACGGCGCCGACUUCUGGUGCUCCUUCCUCCCGUCCCGCGAGCGUUGGGGCAUAACGGACAUACGCGACGGCCGCGUCCUCCUCGUCGGCGUCCCCGAGGGGAAGACCUACCCUUGGGGCAGCAACGGCAUGCUAAGGCACUUCGCCUUGUGCGACCCACUCUCCCGCCGCUACCUUGUGCUACCUGCCAUCCCUGAUGACCUAGUCCAUGAACUGCACAUCACUGAUAAUGACGGUGCGUACUUCCUUGCACCUCCUGUCGCCGGGGACGACGACGGUGUGUCCUUCAGGGUGAUGUGCUUGGUGAAGCGCAAAUCCAAGCUGGUUCUGUUCGCCUUCUCUCGGGGUGCUGGACAAUGGCGUUAUAUUGAGUAUGAUCCAGGUUUUAAGUUGCAUUGGGCAUCCAGACGCUACUAUUGGCGUAGAUUCUUUUGCUGGGCAGUUAUGCCGGAGAACAAGUUGCUGAAGCUUAACACGGACAAGAUGGAGUUCUCUGCUGUCGACCUGCCACCCGAGCCCUGGCCCGAAGAGUAUGAGAUGACCUUUGUGGAGGCAAGCAAAGGAAGGCUUGGGAUGUUCACUAUCUAUGAUGAUUUUGAUGAGGAGCAAGGUGGAAAAAUCUUCCAUCUUGGGUAUGCCAUAUUGCGAAAACGCCGGGACAGGACAACCCGGUGGCGAUCGAAGGCGAUGAUUUCUUUGCCUUCAACUUGUCGGCAUUAUAGAAUUAUUGGUGUAGCUGGGGGAUACCUCCUCCUAGAAGGGGUCCCAAAAGAUCUGCCUUCCACCCCUUCGCCGGAAGGUGAUGAAAUCGACAUUUUUUCAUUCAAUCUGCAGACUCUCCAGCUUGAGCCGUUCUGUGGUGCCACGGACACGAUUUAUGAGGACAACACCUUGUAUGCUGGUUUCCCACCUUCCUUGUCUGCACCAACUAUUUAAUGCGGCUUUAACCUGCAUAUGGGGGCUUAUUUUGUGUCAGGCUCUGCUGGCGUGGACUGGGAUUGUUAUUGAACCACACUUCGGUUUGGCCAGCUUUUGAUGAGACGUCAACUGUGAAACCCUUUGGUUUUUCAUGUGUUGACCUUGAGUACUCCAUAUAUUCAGCAUGCUCCUAUAAGUUAGGUCAGCUGUUUGAGCAAGUAUCCUGCUAUCAGUUAGGCUAUUCUGUUUGGAGCCAUCAGUUAAGCUUUGUAGUUCAAUAAACUAGCAAGACAGGGCGCGGCGGCACGCCGCGCCAGUGAGAGAACAUUGGCGGUUCAAUGCAUGUGUGACAUUAACUAUGUACUGAAAUUUCAUCAAUCUAUAUCUGGUGCACACAA